GAGAAGAAGGGAGGAAGAGAGAGUGAAAGAGCUGUGUGUUUUUGUUGUUGCUGAACAACAUGUGUCUCAGUGCACUGCUACUCAUCUGCCUCUCCCAGACAGAGUUGGGGAGAGUUUGGGCUCAGCAACAAACAGAGAUGCGGUAUCAUGUGAAUGGACAGCGGCAUGAGAAGCCAUCACACAGGACCCCCAGAGAGCCGAGGCUGGGUUAUGCCAGGGUGGCUAGGGAGGUACUGGGAGGAGGACUGACCAUCGACACCCUACCAGACAACAUGACACACUUAGUGGAGGACGCUGGUAGGUAUUACACAUGGCGUAGUUUUGGCCCUGAUGACCAGCGCACAGAUGAACUCUGGGUAGAUCUAAACGACCUAGAGCAUGGCCAAGUCAGAAUGCAUGGAAUUUUGUCCAAUACACACAGACAGGCUGCGAAGGUUGCCCUCUCGUUUGACUUCCCCUUCUACGGACAUUACUUGAGGCAGAUUACCAUAGCAACAGGAGGGUUUAUUUUCAUGGGAGAGGUCACACACCGCAUGCUGACAGCAACACAGUACAUCGCCCCCCUCAUGGCCAACUUUGACCCCAGCUUUUCCAAGGAGUCUACUGUGCAGUACCUGGACAAUGGUGAGGUGUUUGUGGUGCAGUGGGAGCGGGUGAGACUCCAUGGGAGGGAGGCAGAGGGGGCAUACACCUUCCAGGCUGCCCUGCACCUCACAGGGACCAUCACCUUCAGCUACAGAGAUAUACCUUUGCCAGUGGAGGUGAUAAGUUCUGCUGAGCACCAAGUGAAGACAGGGUUAUCAGAUGCAUUCAUGGUGAACCUGCCUUCCACUCAAUCCUCAGAUGCCCAACGUCGGCUCUACGAGUACCAUCGGGUGGACAUCGAUACAACUAAGAUCACCAACAACUCUGCCUUUGAGUUCACUGCAUUGCCUAGUAAGCAGCUAAAAUCUAUCCCUCAUACAGGCCUCUCAGAUAUUUCAUCCUCAAUAACCAGUCACAGGCACAGCUUAGAGAUCUUUAUAAUGUUAAUGCCAAUGCCAAUCAUGUCGCUACAGAAUCAAAACCCAGGUCAAUCUGUCUCUCCCUCCCUCUGUCCAGCCUGUCUGCAGCAUGACAGCUGUGAACUCUGCCUCUUGUCCAACCUAACCUCUGGCUGUACCUGGUGCAAUGUCCUCCAGAGGUGCUCAGAUGGAAUGGACAGACACAGGCAGGAGUGGCUGGACUACGCCUGUUCAGAAGAGGCCGAAGAUGUCACCUGUGAGGAUUAUUCCAGGGGGGGACCAGACAGCUCCAUUGACCCUUCAGUUCCCUCAGACUCUGAGGUCACCACUCCCCUGGGGUCCCUACUAGAAGGCCCUGCCACGGAGAAUGACACCAAACAUGUGAUUCUAUACAAUGGUAAAGAUGUGAAGACAGGCCCCCAGAGACAACACGACGGGUCAGCUCACACAGGAGUUAUAGCAGGUGUAGUAGCUGCAUUGGUGCUACUCCUGGCUGUGACACUGCUGGCUCUUUACAUCAACUCUCAUCCUUCUGCUGCCUCACCCCUCUACUUCCUACAGCUACUGGCCAUCCAUGAAGUUCAGGAAGCAGGGAUUCCACUCCAGCUACGCAGAGGUGGAGGUUGAAGGUCAAGAGAAGGAGGGCAUCAUGGAAGCUGGCCAGUGCUGACCGGACUGAGGAGCAACUGGAUGAUGAGGAGAUUAAAAUGAGUUUGUAGGAGAGGAAGGAGGGAGUUUAGAGUUACACACACAUCCCUUACUCCAUUACACAAAUAAUGUUUUUUUGUUCAUUAAUUUUUUUAUAUUCACCUCAAUAUAGUCCCUGUCUUUGUUGGCUAAAAAGUGGGUGGCAUUUUUCAUAAUUUUUGGUGGACAGUCUCGAACUCUUCUCUUACACAUCCUCAGGUAUUAGGGAAAGGGACAAGGGAGAAGAGGCCACUUUUAGGCUUUGCUAGAAUGUAAGUCGCUUUGGAUAAAAGCGUCUGCUAAAUGGCAUAUUAUUAUUAUUAUCAUUAUUAUAUAUUAUUAUUAUUAUUAAUGUCUUUGUUCAUUAUGGGUGUGGAUGAGUUCCAAGUUUCUCAGCAGGUACGGAUUGCUAUCUCACCAUUUACCACACACCUCCAUGGGACAUGUAACUGGAAUAAACUGUGAUACAUUAUGACUGUCAACAUCCAUGGACAAAACACUAUAAAGGACUCUGUAUCCCUGCACUUCCAUGACAAGAACGAAGAGCAGUAGUGGAUGUUUUUCAAUGAUCAUCUCUGCAACUUCUUUUUUAUUGUACAGUUCAUGUUUGAAUGUUUUGUACCUGUAUAGCUUUUUAUAUAUGCCAAGAAUGUAUUUCAUAAAUUGACCAGAGGCAAUUCAAUGACUUCAAAACAGCAGAGUGCUCUUCAUACAUGACCUUGACCUUCCAAAUGUAAUUAAAGUCAGAUUGAGGAUAAUGUUUUGAAAUAUAGUACUUUGACAGAAUAAAGGCAUUUUAAUGAAUAAUGUUUAAUUGUAAUGUCAAUCAGAAAAGGAGAAACUCAAAGUGUAUAAUUUGUGCAUCCUGACCAGUGAAACCAAUUCUGAUUUGCGACAGCAGAUGUCACCCAAACCAAAUGUAUUUGCAACUUUCGUCCAUGUAGUCCU